AUGAAGUUGUUGACUUUCUCAAACUGCAUAUCUAUCCUCUUGUUGGUUUUUGCUUUCUUCUUCUAUUCUCAUACGUAUCCAUCAACUCCCUCCCUCAUGGCUGAACAAUCUUCUAAGUCCAUUUACGACUUCACUGUGAAGGACAUCCGAGGAAAUGAUGUGAGUCUGAAUGAUUACAGUGGGAAAGUUAUACUGAUUGUGAACGUUGCCUCGCAAUGUGGUUUGACACAGACAAAUUACAAAGAAUUGAAUGUAUUGUACGAUAAGUACAAGAAUCAAGGAUUUGAAAUCUUGGCAUUUCCAUGCAACCAGUUUGCUGGACAGGAACCAGGAAACAAUGAAGAAAUUCAGGAAGUUGUUUGCACUAGGUUCAAAGCUGAAUUUCCUAUCUUUGAUAAGGUUGAAGUCAAUGGGAAGAAUGCAGCACCACUUUACAAGUUUUUAAAGGAGCAGAAAGGAGGAAUAUUUGGAGAUGGUAUCAAGUGGAACUUCACAAAGUUCUUAGUAAACAAAGAAGGGAAGGUUGUGGACAGAUAUGCACCAACGACUUCACCUCUGAAAAUCGAGAAAGACAUUGAGAAGCUCUUGCAAUCUUGA